CCUACUGCUUCCUAUUUUAGAGUAAGGGAUCUAACAGCCCACCCAUGGCUGUUCUAAGGAUAAGAAAUGUGCACAAACGGAAAUACGCACUCAUUUGCUUGUGCAUUGUUUGUCUCAUCAUCUAUAAGUGUCUAGGCUUAUUUUCCAGCACGCCACUAAUGGGCUGGAAGAGGAGCAGAAAGGUGGGCCUGAGCGCCAACUUGUCGCAGUUCACCCUGGAGGGGGAACCCUUCCGUAUCCUCGGGGGAUCUGUUCACUAUUUCCGUGUCCCCAGGGCGUACUGGAGAGAUCGGCUGAUGAAGAUGAAGGCCUGUGGCAUCAACACCCUCACUACAUGUGUUCCAUGGAGUCUGCACCAGCCAGAGAAGGGCGCGUUCAACUUCCACACACAGCUUGAUUUAGAAGCGUACAUAUCUCUGGCAGGCGAGCUGGGGUUGUGGGUAAUUUUAUGUCCUGGGCCCUACAUUUCUGCUGACAUAGACCUGGGAGGACUGCCAAGCUGGCUCCUCAGAGAUGGCAGUAUGAGAGUCAGGACAACUCACCCUGGCUUCACUCAGGCUGUCAACACUUACUUUGACAAACUUAUACCAAAAAUGGUUCCACUACAGUUCAAGAAAGGAGGUCCCAUCAUUGCAGUCCAGGUUGAAAACGAAUAUGAAUCCUUUGCAAAGGACCAAGGCUACAUGUUAUUGAUUAAAGAGGCUUUACAGUCCAGAGGAAUCAAUGAGCUCUUGUUCACAUCACAUGACACCAACACAUUGAAGUCGGGGAGUGUUGAUGGAGUUAUCCAGUCAGUAAAGCUACAGAAGCUAAAUCAGAGAAACAUCCAGGAGCUGAACGCCGUCCAGCCCAACAGCCUGUCCAUGGUGAUGGAAUAUUGGACUGGUUGGUAUGAUGCAUGGGGGGACCUUCACCAUGUUCUGCCUCCAGAAGAUAUGGUUUCCACUGUGAGGAAAAUUCUGAGAAGAGGCAUGUCUGUCAACCUGUACAUGUUCCACGGUGGAUCCAAUUUUGGGUUCAUGACCGGAGCAGUCUCUGAUCCUUCCUACAGAGCUUUGGUCUCCAGCUAUGAUUAUGAUGCUCCAUUAUCUGAAGCUGGUGAAUACACUGCAAAGUACCAUCUUCUAAGGGAUUUAUUUUCUCGAUACAACACAAGAGGAGACAGCCUCCCAGACAUGCCAACCUUGCGUUACAGGGAGGCCUAUGAACCUGCCAUUAUGUACCAGCACCUGUCAUUAUGGGAUGCUUUAAGCUUUGCUGAGGGACCUUUCAAGUCAUCCAAGCCAAUAAACAUGGAGAAUCUACCUGCAAACAAUGCCAACGGCCAGUCAUAUGGCUACACAUUAUAUGAAACCACCAUCAAUAGUGGGGGGUUAUUACAGUCAGGUGACAAUGUUCGAGAUCGUGCCCUGGUGUUUGUAGACAGAAGAUACAUUGGCCUUUUCAAGCAUCAGAACCUCGAGCUGGCUGUUCCUGAUGGUAAGGAAAAGCGUACUUUGAGCGUCCUGGUGGAAAAUUGUGGACGAGUUCACCAUGGAAGGGACCUUGACAAACAACACAAAGGUCUAGUAGGAGACAUUUUAUUAAACCAAAUUCCCUUGCGAGAUUUUACAAUAUACAGUCUAGAUAUGAAACCCAGCUUUAUUGACAGUCUUUUUCAGGCGCCUUGGAAAAGUCUCCCAGAAAAUCCAAGUUUUCCUGGAUUUUUCCUGGGGAGGCUGUUUGCAUACAGCUAUCCAAGUGACACAUUUGUCAAGCUGCCAGGCUGGGAUAAAGGUGUUGUGUUCAUAAAUGGUCUGAAUCUCGGUCGCUACUGGUCAAUUGGUCCACAGCAGGCCCUCUACCUUCCUGGACCCUUUCUCAACAGUGGAAUAAACCAGGUCAUUGUAUUUGAGGAGCAAGAGGGAGACUACAAGGUCCACUUUGAGGACUCACCUGAUCUGGGCAUGGCAGCAGAAAUCCAGUGACCAUCUUCAAUAUGUAAAAAGGAUGUCGUGCAAAAAAAAACCUUUUACUGUUAUCAUAUUCAAAUAAAGGGUGAACAAUGCUGUUAACAAUCUGUCAUUAAAUACUUGGCCACAACAACUGUACACAGUGCCUUGCAAAAAUAUACAGACCAUUUAAACUUUUCGACGUUUAUUAGGAUGUACCCUGCCUCUCUGACUGCUGGAGAUAGGCACCAGUGAGCUGCAGGACCCUGGAGGGAUAAGAGGGUACAGACAAUGGAUCGCUGGACGUUUGAUAUGUUGCAACCCAAAAGCUUCAUGUAUUUUAUCCAUGUAGUGCAUAGUGAUGAAGGAGAAGGAAAAUGAUACAUGUUUUUUUUAUUUUUUUACUAAUGCUACAUUUGAAAAGUGGGAUGUCCAUUUAUA